UCUACAACCCCACGACAGUUGUCAAUGUCGCCAGUCAAAGAUUUUUUUGUAAAUAAAAACAAAAUACCAUGAGCGCUGAUGCCAGGAUAAAGGAUAUGGCGCCAACCCAGGAUAACUCCACGCCCACCGGAUCGGGGGAGGAGAAGGCGGCAGCGGCAAUGGAUCAGGAGCAGCGACGCACGGAUGCCACCAACUCGAACUCGCAGCCCAGCGCCAGCGAUUGGUUGAAUUUCUCCCAAUGGAUGCACUGCUUCUGCGUGGUCACCUUCGAUCUGAACCUGGGCCAGGCCCUGGAGCAUGUCUAUCCCCCGACCUUUAUGCCCAGCGACCAGGAGGUUAGCAACAUCUGCUACAUGGCCUUCCCGGACUCCAAUUCCGGUUGCAUGGGCGACACCAAGUUUCAUAUGCGUUUCCGUUGCACCAAGGCCACCACGCGCCAGGACACGCUCCAAAACUACAACGCAGAGUGUCCGCCGGCCCUGCGGCAGGAUGGUUCCCACUACUGGGGCUUUGUCUACUUCCGACAGAAGCGCGAUCCUAAUCUACCCCGUGGUUACUUCCAGAAGAGCUUUAUCAUCAUCACCCGGCUGCCGUUCUUCAAUCUCUACUACGACAUACUUGGCCAGCUGGCGCCGCUUUAUUUUGACUCGGAAAACUCGGGCUCGGGUACCUUGGACAUCCUGCGCCUGGCCAGCGAGCAGAUAAACCGCCAGUGGCCAUUACUGCGCGUGGGUCAAACCCUACAGCUGCCCCUCCUCGACUGCAGCUAUCAGAUAUGUAUACCGCGUGCCACCACCAGCAGGAAAACCAACACAAUGGAGACAUCCUCCUCAUCAUCGGAGGGUGGGGAGUCGCCGCGUGCCAUUGCCUCGACAACGGCCAACAAGAUCCUUAUGUCUGUCAACGAAAUCGAGCUCUUCCGCUCCUUGGACUUUGUCAUGGAGCAUUUAUAUACGCUGUGGGAGCUGGUUAUAACCGCCGAGCCCAUCGUAGUGGUGGGCACCUCGCCGGCAGACUGCACUCAUAUGGUGCAAACCCUGGUGGCGUUGAUAGCACCGUUGGAGUAUUGCGCCGAGGCGAGACCCUACUUUACCAUCCAUGACAGUGAGUUUCGGGAGUUUACGCAGGAAAGCAAGGCCACGGCGGCAACGGUGCCUGCCUGUAUUCUCGGCGUAACCAAUCCGUUUUUCGUGAAGCUGCUCAAAGCCUGGCCGCAUAUGCUAAGGCUGGUGGAUAACCAGAAAAACAUGCUGCAACAGCAACAGCAUCUGCAUCAUGCCCGCAACAUAGCCUCGGCCACCUCGUUCUCCAGCUCAUCGUUGACAGCGGGUUCCCUGAAGACCACCUCAAGCUUGAAUGGCCUUGCCAAUGGCAGCGGUCUAGCUGCCGGCGAAAGCUCCAGCGCUGGCCUGCAUAGCAAAUACAAGCCUUACCUGAAAAAGGACAAGGCGCUGAUCAAAAAGGUGCUCCUGGGCAUGAAGACCAAACGACCCGAGCAUGUCCAGACCGCUCUUAUACGACGGCAUCUCCUGGAGCUAACGCAGAGCUUCAUGAUUCCACUGGAACGCUAUAUGGCCUCGCUAAUGCCGCUGCAAAAGGAUAUCAGUCCUUUCAAGUCGGCGCCGAAUGCGAGCAGCUUUAAGCUGGAAGACUUCCUGGCCACCCUGGAGACGGCGGGACCGCAGCUUACGUCGCCCCUGAAGGGUGACUGGAAGGGUUUGUACAGGCGUUUCUUUCGAUCGCCAAACUUUCGGGGCUGGUACGAGGCCCGGCAUCGGGAGCUGCAGUUAACGCUGCAGGACCUCCAGCUGCAGGCUCUCUCGGAGGCGAACUUGGAGCAUUGGGCCCACGACAAGCAGGAGGUGGAGAUCAUCGAUAUGAUACUCAAGCUCAAGCAGAAACUGAAUCUCUACUGUGAGAAGGGCAUGCAAGUGGAGGCCACCACGGGGCACCAGCAGCAGAUAAGGGCGCAAAUCGAGUGCAUGAAGGGACUGCUACCGCCGGAUCUUAAGAAUGUGGUGAACCUUUGAUCCUAGCCAGCGGCUGUCUAGCUAAAUUUUGUGAGUGUGUGUGGAUGAGUGUGUGACUAAGCGGAGUGUAUGCGUGUUGUGUGUUAACGAAGGUGCUCCUAAUCAGUGUAUAUAAGUUUUAACCGGAGAUUAGUCGCUUUAUCCCUUUCUAGUUAAAUUUGUUCUUGUUCUCGUUUCAUUAAAAAUUCUUGAUGGAAACCAUUGAAGAAAAGUCUCUCAGAGCGGUCCUCAUAUAUUCCCUCUCUCGCUCUCUUGAAGAUCUCUUUUUCUCUUCUUUCUCCCUGAGAGAGCUUUCUUACAGAAAUGGCAUUACAAAAGCGAGAGAGAGACAGGAUUCUUGUGCAGCUAAGCACUCUGAGAGGAACUUUAAAUUCAAAGCAGCCGUCUUCCAUUCUCUCUCUCUCUUUUGAAGUUUUCUCGAAAAGAUCCCUCUUUCUCUUCUCACUGAGAGAGCUUUCUUACAGAAAUGGCGUCACAAAAUCGAGAGAGAGAGAGAGAGAGAGAGAAAGGAUUCUUGUGCAGCUAAGCACUCUCAGAGCUUUGCAUUUUGUCUCUUUGAAAAAAGACCGUCACAAAAGCGACAGAGAGAAAGUUUUGAAGAACGUUGAAUAUUAGUCCAAGCCAAGUAUUAAAUAUAAUCGUUGCAAUAUACAUAUAUUUUAGAACUUUCUCAAAUUAAAUUCUAAACUUUUUAGAUGCCAACAAAAAUGCUCAUAAAAAAAACUAUCUUAAACUCUCUUUUAAAAUGCGAAUUUUUUUCUUUAAACAAAAUAAUGUACUUUCCAAAAAUUUUAUAAAAAACUUUCCUUUCUCAAUUAAUUUUUCUCUCUCAUUGAGAGCGUUUUGCGUUAAUAUUUUACUUUUUACGCUCUUUUAGAGAGCGAAUAAUGUAUUCAUGUAUAAUGUAUAUUUUCAAGCUCUAUUUAAUAUAACUUCAAGGUUGUUGGACCAAUUUGUGAUUUAAAUGUCAGUUCUUUUCUUGUUCUUUUAUUUUAAUCGUAUGUCUUCUUGAAACUAUUAUUUUUUUGUGAAACCUUGUAGAUCGCUAGAACACUAAAAUUAAUGUUUAUAUGUAUGCCUAUGACUGUCUCAAAUAUAAGAAAAAUCUAUGUAUACCCUAA